CUGCCCCUCCUCUCAUGGGGAGACAGGAAGCAGGGCUGGGCUUCAUUGCUGCUUCCCUUCCAGCAGAAGGAAAGCUGAGCUGUCACACAUCCUGUGAGCCCUGCAACUAGCCAUGCCGAAAGAGGAGUUUUUUGUGGAUAUGACCUGCGAGGGUUGUUCAAAUGCUGUGAACCGUGUACUUUCUCGUCUUGGAGACGUUCAGUAUGAAAUCGAUUUGCCGAACAAGAAGGUGGUGAUCCAAGCUGACAACCAUUCAGUGGACCAGUUGCUGGAGACCCUGAAGAAGACUGGAAAAGAAGCCAGACACUUACCUUCCAACUAAUGUGGCACAGGAGAAAUGAUGGGAAAAUAAAUUGCACUGUGGUGGAGAGAUGACACUAAUGUCCUAACCCUAAUGAAGAGACGGUGGAGCAUAAGCCGGGGACCUGUCUAUAUCUACAUUAGUUGUAUCUAGUAUCAAGAUUUUACAUAUUCCGAUUACAUUAGUGAUACUGGGUCUUGCACAAUGGAAAUAGAUUUUGUAUUUUAAGUUCCGGUUGUCUUUAACAUUUGCUUUCCAACUAAUAAAAUGUAAAAAA